AGGUUCGAAACGAAACAAGUGAGUUAGGUGAAACCCACAACAUCAGAUCAAUCACAAUCUCUUCUUCAGUCUAUAAAUAGCUAGCAACUAUAUGAUCAUCGCCAUUGGCAUCAAAUCAAUCAACUCACUCUUAAACUCAUCAAAAGAUUCCAAAGACAUCUUAAUUCGAGAAUGAGUGGAUCUUCCUCGAGAGCAGCCACCUCCGCCGCCAGUGAUGGAAACUACGAACCAGUCCAGUGGACUUUGAAGGAGGAUUCGUGCAUUGCGAGGGUAGUUGUUCCGGGUUGUGCAGAAAUCUUCUUCUUCUACGAAGAUACCUGCGUUAAAUUUGGCAUUAAAGAAGUAGCCAUGGACCAGAACGACCGCUCCGGACGCAAAUACAUCGGCUCCGUCGAUUGUAACCCAAAGAUUUACGCUGCGGAAAAAGCUGAGAUUAAGUUUGUCGAUGGCGUGCUCUGGAUCACCGCUCCUAAGCACCACCAAGGUUAAUAUAAUCAAGAAGAAGAGUGAACAUUUGCUGCUUAAUUUACGUCUUAUUAAAACUAGAAUAAUACAGAUCUGCAUGGUCGGUACCAUCCCGUGUUGUCAGGGUUAAUUUCUCUUUAAUAAUCGGUGUGUCUAGUAUAUUGUUAGGGUUUCAUAUAUAUGGUGUGUCUCGCUAUCUGUUUAACCCAGCAAGCUUGUUUAUCUUU